CUGACUAUCACAGAUGGACAGCAGGAGCACUGCGGCUGCUACACCAUCGAGCUCAAGAACAGCCAUGGCAUGAGACAGGCCGCCCUCAACCUCACUAUAGUUGAUAAGCCUGACCCUCCUGCCCGUGUCCCGGCAGCCUCAGACAUCCGUAAGUCCAGCCUCACACUGUCCUGGUACGGGCCGACAUACGACGGCGGCAGUGCUGUCCAGUCCUACAACCUGGAGAUGUGGAGCUCUGUGGACAUGAAGUGGACAGAUCUGGCGUCCUGUAACAGCACCUCCUAUAACGUGCAGAACCUGCUUCCAGACAGGCAGUACAAGUUUCGAGUGAGAGCAGUGAAUAUUUAUGGUGUGGGAGAGCCCAGUGCUGAGUCUGCGCCCGUGCAGGUGGGGCUGGAGGCCGAGGAGGAAAAUAAAGAUGAAGCUGAGCCCUCAGAUGAUGAAUCAGAGAAGGAACCAGAUUACAGAAAUGUGACGAUCAGGACAGACGUGAAGGUGAAGGACCUGUAUGAUGUGGGAGACAGACUGGGCACAGGGAAAUUCGGGACUGUUUUCAAAUUGAUAGAAAAGUCCACAAAAAAGGUGUGGGCUGGGAAAUUCAUAAAAGCAUAUUCUGCCAAAGAAAAAGAUAGUGUCAGACAGGAAAUUGCAAUCAUGAAUGACCUGCAUCACCCAAAGCUUGUGCAGUGUGUCAACGCUUUCGAGGGAAAGACUGACAUUGUAAUGGUGCUGGACAUGAUCUCUGGAGGGGAGCUGUUUGAGAGGAUCAUAGACGAGGACUUUGAGCUGACGGAGAGAGAGGUGAUCAAAUACAUGCUUCAGAUUGUGGAUGGAGUAAAUUUCAUCCAUAAGAAAGGCAUCGUCCACCUGGAUCUCAAACCUGAGAACAUCAUGUGUGUCAAUAAAACCGGCAGCAAAAUCAAACUCAUUGACUUCGGACUGGCACGCAGACUGGAGAAUGCUGGGCUCUCUGCUGGUUUCGGCACCCCAAGUUUGUGGCUCAGAUGUAAUUAUUUUAAGACAGACAUGUGGAGUAUAGGAGUCAUCUGCUACAUCCUCGUCAGUGGUUUGUCUCCCUUCAUGGGGGACAAUGAUAAUGAGACGCUGUCUAACGUGACCUCAGCCACCUGGGACUUUGAGGACGAGGCGUUUGAUGAGAUCUCAGAUGAGGCCAAAGACUUUAUCAGUAACCUGCUGAAGAAAGACAUGAAAGCUCGCCUGAGCUGCGAUCAGUGUUUCCAGCACCCCUGGCUCAAACAGGACACCACCAACAUGGAGGUCAAGAAGCUUUCCAAAGAGAGGAUGAAGAAAUACAUUCUGAGAAGAAAGUGGCAGAAAACAGGGCAUGCGGUUCGAGCUAUCGGUCGACUGUCUAACAUGGCAUUGAUGGCGGGCGUUCAUGCCAAAAAGGGCUCCCCCACUGAAGAGGAUAAACAAUUUGCUGCUGAACUGGAGGAGAAAACUCUAAAGAAACCCACGUUCAGUGAUGUUAUUAAAGACGUUGAGGUGGUGGAAGGCAGUGCUGCUCGGUUCGACUGCAAAAUCGAAGGUUAUCCUGACCCUGAGGUGGUGUGGUACAAGGACGACCAGCCGAUUAAAGAGACGCGCCAUUUUCAGAUCGAUUAUGAUGAAGAUGGAAAUUGCAGUCUUGUUAUUUCUGAGGUCAGCGGUGAUGAUGACGCGAAGUACACCUGCAAGGCCAUGAACAGCGUCGGGGAGGCCACCUGCACCGCCGAACUCAUCGUGGAGGUGAUGGGAGCAGAGGAGGAGGAGGAGGAAGAGUAGAAGACAACCGCUUUUGUCACCUUUCUCUUUUACACGUGGUGCUUUUAUUCUCUCUGUCUUUCGGACUUUCAGAUGAUGAGGAUGAUGAAGACCUCUGAUUUCCUUCAUUGCACUUCCAGUUUGUUCUUUAUGUAUUUAUGCAACAGUCAGAUAUCAGAUUUGUUUAUCACAUGACAUCAAUAUUACUUUGCUUGUUCUUCAUUGACAUGUUUUACUCCAACCGAGCUGAGCAGCACUUCCUGUCUUUAUUUAAGCACUGCAAACUCAUGUAAGGUUGUGUGUUUUUGUUUGGAGACAUUUUCCUCCUCUCACCAUCUCUCACAGUAGCAGCACUCAGCAGAUAUUUGGAGACACGUUUAUAUUAUUAGGAAUGUCUGUAGAUUAUAUUUCUUUGAAUGUUUUUAGAUAUAUACGCGUUGGAUUGCAUUGUAAUGAGAACACUAGGAAUGUAGUUAUUCACUUUUAAAGAAUAAAUUUGGAUCACAAACAAA